AUGGAAGCGCUUACCCAAGAAGUUCGAAGACUGGUCGAAGCUGGUGAUGAGAAGACUCGCAAAGAUGUCUUGGAUGCCCUACAUAAGCUGAGUGUUUCGAUUGAGUCUCCGGACGACACUGUGCAGCGACUUACAUUCUAUAACAUGCAAUUGGCCAGAAUCCGUAUCGGUAUUGACCUGAAGCUCUUCGAGCUAUUGCUUGAUGGUCCCCUUACUGUGGAUGACCUGAGCCAGAAGACGGGAGCCAAUCCAGUCUUCCUUGCUCGUAUCCUGCGCUACCUGGCAUCUUAUCAUGCAGUCGAGGAGGUCUCCAAAGAUACCUUUACUGCAUCGAAUAUAUCGAAGACAUUUGCCGUAUCUGGUCAUCAAGCUGCGGUUGGUCAUAUGUGGAACAACUGCGGUCAGAUAAUCCAAGACAAUGUCAAAACCCCCUUUCAAAAAGCCCUCAACACCGACGUACCAGCUUUCAUCUAUAUGCAGCAGCAUCCCGAGGCCCUAGGCUAUUUUGUGGAGCAUAUGAUGGCCAACCGCGCCGGUAUGCCUACUUUUCUGGACACCUAUCCAGUCUUGGAAAAGGCGACUGGUCUGAGCCCUGAAAGAGCCCUAUUCGUUGAUAUAGGAGGUGGCUUGGGUCACCAAGCAGUCAGCUUCAAGCAGCGCUACCCCCAGCUUGAGGGCCGAGUGAUUGUCCAGGACCUUGCCCAAACCUUAGCUCACGCCAUUGACUUCCCUGGGGUGGAGAAGCAGAUGUAUGACUUUUUUACGCCCCAGGUUGUGAAAGGUGCGAAAUUUUACUAUCUCCGGAAUAUCUUCCAUGACUGGCCCGAUUAUAAAGUACUGGAGAUUAUCAAGAAUAUAACUGAGGCCAUGGCACCCGACUCAUAUCUCUUGAUUGACGAGAUGGUUCUGCCUAACACGGGGGUUCACUGGCAGCAGGCGCAAUUGGAUAUGUUGAUGAUGGCUACUCUAGGAGCGAGGGAACGUACCGAGGAGCAGUGGUAUCGUCUGGCAGAGGAGGCUGGGCUGACCAUCAAUAAAGUGUAUACUUAUACGAUGAGCCUGCGGGAUAGCAUCAUUGAGGCUGUGCCCAAGGCUUAG